GAGGGACGGAGCUGCCAGGGACAUGCUGUGCUGAGUGACCGGAGUAGUUUUUAUAAUCGACCCUCGGUCUCAAACUUUAUCAUGUUAGCUUGUAAGCCGAACCUGACUGCCGCCAUGAUCUCUGCUCUCCGGUGUCUUCGCUUCAACCGGGCUGCUGUCGUCUCUGGACCGGUGCACAGAUGUCUGUCCACAGGGACGGACGGAGAGCUCCGCAUCGCACAGAUCCUGAAGGAGAAGUUCCCCUCGGCCUCGUCUCUCAAAGUCGUGGAUAUAUCCGGUGGCUGUGGGGCCAUGUAUGAAAUCCACAUAGAAUCCAGUGAGUUUAAGGGGAAGAGAACUGUUCAGCAACACCAGUUAGUCAAUCAGGCUCUCAAGGAAGAGAUACAAGGAAUGCAUGGACUACGAAUAUUCACUGAUGUUCCAAAAGAGUAGAGGCCGUCCUUUCACUGUGGAGCCAGUCUUUUCUUUUCUUCAUCCUAUUAUGAAUGUAUAGUCGUGUAAAAAAUAAAAUGAAAUAAAUAAAAUUCAUGAACUUAAUGUGCCAGGAGCAGAUUCACAGAGCAACAUUUUCUCUGGCAGUUACUCGUUGAUAGUUUAAAAUGUGUGUUCUAUUUAAGAUUACACUAAGCUCUCCUUUUGACCUAAUGAGUUCUCAUUUUUCUGUAAGAUUGUAUAGAAAUCCAGUGAAGACUUUGAUACGCACAAAACGACUUGACAAAAUGUCAAGUCAAUUAGGUUUCUUCCAAUUUUGGGGACUUCUCAGGGUUUAUUGUGAUGCUGACAUUACAAUAAGCAUUCAAAGAUUUUCUGAAUAAAAUCACUUUGAAUAAGGAAGAAACAGCUUCUAUAACUUUGCUUUAAACUGAGAAAAUAUUGUUGAUGGAGUGUUAGUGUGCCGAUCCAUUAAAACUGUGACCACACUUUCUAUUAUCUUCCAGUGGAAGUUGGUAGACCAGAUUUAAGUCCUGUUGCUAAUAUUGGAUUGUCCACAGGUCAUGUUGUUAUGAUACCUAUGCAUUGAUGAGUUUCAAUGAAAAGCUGCUGCCUCA